GCACGCACGUGCACCUCUAUUGACUGAGCAUGUUGAGCACGUGCAGCACGCGAGGCAGGUGAAGGUAUGGCACAGCGAACACUUUGUCUAGAGCAGUGGAUACAGCAAGCAUGGUGUUCUACAUUAGAUUGGCGAUUGUCGUCACAUUUCUCGUUUCAGUAUACGGUGGUAUUCCGGAAAGUUACAACCUGAAAGUGAGCACGAACUGCGGUAAGGAUCAUGUUGCCGAUGCUGUCGUGACGGUGUUGACGGACCUCCCGAGGGCGUUUGUCUUCGCCAAGUGUGCGACGGGAAGUGCUGACUUCACCAGCAGCGAUGGUACCACCUACAAACUUCCUGUCUCCUUCCCUGGAAAGGGAACUUCCAAAUGUAAAUUCCUGAAACGGAAGGGCGUGGAUACGUAUGUCCUGACGGUGGUGGUGGCGUACGGCGAGGAUGACGACCAGGUGCAACAGAGCGACCAGAUCUACACCAUCACCUGCACCUUUGACCCCAAUGCCCUCGAUGACAGUGCCAAACAAACCAUUGAAGGAUCACUUGCAGCUCCCCGAGCGGUUGAAGUAGACAACGGCCCGGACACAAGUUCGUCCGUGAAAUUGACCAUCGCAGAUAUUCUUGGAAAUGACCUUGACCCUGGCGAGCCCUUGACGCUGGGUCGCAAGAUCAUCUUGAAAAUAAAAACAGACGGAACUUCAAAAGAAGUGGGCAUCAGUCCCUGGUCCUGUGAUGUGGUUGGCUCUAACCCCAAGCAAAGAUACGCAGUGCUGAGGGCGGGAUGCGGAGACGGGAUAGUCUUCCCCAGACACUCGGGUUUCACCACCAAGGGACUCACAGCCACCGGUCCUUUCUUCGACAGCUUCACCUUACCAGGAGAGAAGACCUUAGUCUUUGAGUGUAAAGUGACGCUAUGUAGUACACCGUGUAACGGGAACUCUUGUGGCAGUAAGCGCGGCAGAAGGGAUGUCCAUGGAAUAUUUGAGAACAAAAUCACGUUGAGGUCGACCCGUUUCCAGAAUCUGGAACAAUGAAGAGGUGAAAGGUGACGUAACUGUUCCUCGAGGUCGAGGUCAAGGUCAAGGUCAUGAGCUCAGACAUAGAGGCUGGUCACAUCGGUCAUCAGUUUUGGAGUCAUGUCCAGUAGGUCAUGUGUUCUACGACUGUCCGAAAGCUGAAGCUGUUCCUCAAUAAAUGUCUAAAGAAA